GAUGCGCUACUCUAGUUUUGUUUUAGUAAUCGAUGAAGAUAAUGUAGGUUUGCCAUUAUUUUUAUACUGUCCAUAGUCAAUGCAUGUGUAUAUCAUUUGCCUAAUUUUAACGAUUGGCGAUUGCUAGAAAGCUUACCGGUGGUUCAGAUAGAUAGCACUAGCGGCAAACAUGAGACACACACAAGAAGCAUGGAGAGCGAGGUAGCGAGUGUUUUGCCUAAUAGGAGCAGUUGACUUUUAAUAUAACAUGGCAAGUAGCACGACAGACGAAAAACAGUCGAUCAGAGAAUCUGCGAAACAACCUAAAAAGUAUGGCAGCUUUUGUAAUCAUGUUAGCCGGCAAGAUAAUUGUAUCAAACACAUAAUAGUGGAAGGCGAUACUCUGCAAGGAAUUGCUUUGAAAUACGGUGUAACUAUGGAGCAGAUUCGCCGACUUAACCGAUUAUGGGCAACAGACAGUCUCUUUCUUCGUGAAUAUUUGCUUAUACCAGUACCUGCAGACAAGGCUUUAUCAGCAAGCCAGUCAUCAACCGAUGUUAAUCCUGCAAGGUCACCAGGCUCUCCAGACAGCACUCACUCAGAAGAGAGAAGCAUCAAUGACUUUCUAGUUCAUAUUGACAAUUCCAUAGCAAACAUGAAAAGUCAAGUGAAGAAAACACAAGGAAAUAGUGAAUUCUGCAGUUCUUCUGAUGACGACAUGUUUGGCCGUAGAAGAACUACACGAUCCCGGCUUCGGCAGCAGCAGUUUGAAGCAUCCUCAGGGGUGACACCAAUGCAGGGUGCAACAGCAGUUCUUACAGCAUCUUCACAGUCACACAAUGAUGUGCUGAGUAUGCCUCAAACUUUAGUAAUGACGCAAGGGCGCAAAGUCCGUUCGUCGUUGCAGAGGUUGCAGAAAGAACAAGAUGAAAUGUUUGAAUUGUAGCAUUUACUCUGUUCUAAUGAAUGUUAUGCAGUUCUUGCCUGUUAUACUGUACAGGUAGAUUGCAGACAGUACGGUGAGUUCUGGCCAACUCUCCUUUGUGACUGAUUGAGUAAUGCUCUUUCAGGAUGUGCUGACUUGCAUAAACCUUUGAUUGUGUUAUGCUAAAGGUCUAAUACAAGAGUUGAGAGAUAAUGUGUGUUUCGAGCCAACUGUGUUAGAUUUGGCUAAACAGAAGAAUAAAAUGAAAUUAAUUCAUCAUA